AUGUCAAACAAAUUUGAUAAAGUUUAUGUUGAUGAAUUAUUAACUAAAAGAAUUUCAUUCGUGAAAGAAAUUAAUGGAAACUAUGCUGACCAAAAUAGACCUGAAGAUGCUAAACCAGUAUAUUUUCCAUCUGGUAUCAAAAUUGAUGAUUUAACAAUUCAAAACAUUAAAGGUAAAAAAGUUACAUAUGAAAUUAAUGGUGAAGAUAUUAUUGAAACAUUACCUCCUAACUUUCCUGAUGGUCUUCAAGUUAAUGGUAAAAAUGUCAUGGAAGAAAUUGAUACUACAAACACAACUGUUAAAAAUAAUUAUGAUGACUUAAAUGCAAAAAUCAUUCAAACAAAUGCAACUGUUAAAAGUAAUUAUGAUAAUUUAACACGAAGAAUUAAUGGAAAUGCAGAAGUAAUAAAUCUUAAAGCUCAUAAAGGUUAUGUUGACCAAGAAUUAAAGAAAAAAUAG